AUGCGCCGGGAUGUCUGCAGUCUUGCUAUGGGGGAGCUUUUUGUGCAGCUGUACAUGGAGCAAGUCGAGGUGCCGCUGCAACCGACUGCGCGCGUAGGAGACGAGGGCUGCCUGCUGUUUCCGACCGAUGACGAGACGCAGGGGGGAAGCGACGUGCACACACAGGGACACGUCUCCAACACGGUCAAGCCGAACACUCCAGACGCCACGCCCGUUAAGGGUCGUCGUGCAGGGCGUCGCAUGCAGAAGACCAGUGCCACCCUGGUGAAGGCCAGCGGCGCGGGGGGUGUGGGGAAACGGGGAGGUACGAGCGAGUACACCGGGGUGUGGUUUGAUCUCCGCGUGCGAAAGUGGUGUGUCAAAAUAGUUGCGGAGCCUUUGACUGGGAAGCAGGUCCGCCUUGGCGCGUACAUGGAUGAGAAGGACGCGGCUUACGCGUACGCGGCUGGAGCGAUUGUGAUCAGGAGGAAGGACCACUUCCCCAAGGUGAUGGCGUUGACAGACGCGGAGAUGGCUGCACUGGAGGGAGCAAUAGUGGAUGACGUGAGGCAUCGCCAGUGGUACAGGUGGAGGGAGUGGCGUAUAGCCAUGAACGACAUUGGUGUUUUGCCAGGAACGCCCUUCAAGCUGGAGCCAGGUGCGGAGUCACCUCCACCUAAAGCAGAGGCCGCUGAUAGCGAGACACGGGAUGCUGAAGCAGAUGAGGAUCUUGUGAGCGAGGAGGACAAUAGGGAACAAGACAGUGAUGGGGGUAUUGAGUGCACGCAGGCCCAGUGA